CUCAUAAAAAGGUUGUUGAAGUCUAGAAAACAAGCUCAUGUGGCUUCAUUCCCUGUUUCAGUGAAAACCUUGCGCCGAGGUGAUACAUGUUAGUUGAUAGAUGUUUUUUAUUUCGACAAUAUACUGUAUAUGGUUAAUAAUAACAUCACUAUUCUUUGUAUGAUCGUAUCUGAUGGUUUAUAGUUGAUGUAUAGUUUACCAAUUCUUUUUCCUUUAGAAAAACACUAGAAUAUAUUAAUAUCACUUUACUAGUCAAACAAAUACAUUACGUGGUAGUUGCAGAAACUAAAGUCAAAAUCAGAUCAACAGUUAGCGUUUGCUUCACCUCUAAGAGAACAAUGGAUGAUAUGUAUUUUGUUAUAGUAUUAUAGUUUGAGAAGCUUUAUAUGAAGCUGAUGAGGAUUUAUCCGCUUUAUUCACUUUUCCAUGUCAUCUUUAACAAACACUGGUCGGCUAAAAGCUCUUCAAAAGACUAAUGUUCAUGUGCACAUGCGCUAUAUAUAGAUCGUCAUCCGCAAAUAUGCAAAUAACUAAAGAUCCCAACGUUCUAUCGACAAAUAUUGAUCUUCAAGAACCAAAACAUCAUAAGCUCCAAUGGCAACGACUAGCUCUAGUAGCAGCACUUCGUUGUAUCCACCUGCCCAGCAACCGCAACAGACAUUAGUAGGCAAUGAGAUCGAACCUACGGCGACAAAUGCUAAUCUGGUGGCCGCACCAAACGGUCCAAACCACUACUCGUCCGGCUCCAUUGGACCCUUCUUCGCUGUCAUCUCUGUUCUCGUCGUUCUUGCAGUUCUCUCCUGCUUCUUGGGCCGGAUAUGCGCACGGCGAAGACGUCAGAGAAGUGGUGUAGUGGCUGAAGUCAAUCCGUUGGAGAUGAUAAAGAGCCGUGGGCCUUUAGGGUGGCUGAAAAGGAAAUGGACACGGUGCUUGACCGGAGACGUGGAGGCUGGAGCUAAAGUUACUGAUUGCACCGGCAAAGAAACGCCUAAAGAUGGUGAUCAUACUCGUCUAGAAGCUCCUCCAGCUUGAGCUUCGAUUCAAGAUAUGUGUGAUUGAGAGAGAAAAGUAAUAAACAUUUUUAGAAGCGUUUCAACUAGAAUGUAAGCAAAUUUUAUCAUAUACGAAUGCUGUUUCAGCUCUUCAAAGCCCAUCUUAUGGAACUUUAUACUCUUCAUUGUUACAAAUCU